AUGCCAGCCGUCGGUGACCAACAUCGUGGCGGACCAACAGCUGUGAGAAUGCCGAACGCACCUAACCCAGUCAACGCGAAUCCGUUCGAGGAACCGGAACGCCGAAUGAGCGAGUACACUGCGAUGCAGGUGGCAACUUUGCAGGCUCGUCUCGAUCGAAAGCUUGGACCUGAAUACAUUUCAUCCCGACCGGGUGCUGCGGGGCAAAAAGUGCACUAUCUUUCGGCAGACAAGUGUAUCAAUCUGGCGAAUGAAGUUUUCGGGUUCAAUGGCUGGUCCAGCUCGAUACAGAGGGUGGAUAUCGAUUUUGUCGAGGAGAAUGAGAACACGGGCAAGGUCAGCCUUGGACUAUCAGUGAUCGUGCGGGUCACGCUAAAAGAUGGAACAUUUCACGAGGACAUCGGUUACGGGCACAUAGAGAACUGCAAAGGCAAAGCGGCUGCUUUCGAGAAAUCUAAGAAGGAGGGAACAACAGAUGCUCUGAAACGUACCUUGAGGAACUUUGGAAAUGUGCUGGGCAACUGCGUCUAUGACAAGGACUAUUUGUCAAAAGUUACCAAAAUUAGGACCACUCCCGCGAGAUGGGAUGUCAACGAGCUUCACCGUCAUCCAGACUUUGCUCCGAUGAAAAAAGAAUCUGCGCCAAAAAGCAGAUUAUCAGAAGACGAUGAUCUUCCUCUACCACGCCCAACCGAGCCAGCACGAGGCGCCAUCCCCAGUCACGCUGCUGUGUUCGACGGUGACGGGGAGUUUGGAAGUGACGUUUUCGACGAGGCUGAUUUUGUCGUAACCAAUACUGGUAAUCCCGACGAGAUUGUAAUAGAACCAGAGCAGCCGCAGCUUCCCCCCACGCCCUUAAACCGUUCAUAUCCCCAGGCCGUGCCCGCGCGAGGCCGAUUCGAUUCGAAUGCUGUGACGCCUUCCAAGCCCGAAAGGUGGAGUGGAACGAAUGCCACAGGUGCAAGACAGAUGGUGCCUCCUCAUGCUCGGCAGCAACCCCCCUCUCUCUCCGACCAGCAGCGCGGGAUGCAUGCGCCAGGGCCUGGAAGCAACGUGCCAAACGGCAAACUGAACGGUCCUCCCCCUAUGGCCAACAACAACAACCCACCACCCCAAAUUAAACGCGAGCCUGUAGCUGUACCAGCCCAGGAUAGUUCGAACCAACCAACACCCACUGUGGGGUUCUUUUCCGCGAGGGCUGCUGAUCAGCUGCGAGAUAAUCCUAAUGCUGCACCCAUCCCAGGAUCACAGUUUGAUCCACAUGCAGAAAGCCCAUCGAUUCGGAAAACCGCUGGCAUAGACCACUCGAAGACUGUGGCGGUAGUCAGAAGUGGUAACGGGGUCUCUCCAGCCCCGGACAAGGGACGCACGCGCGACGCAAUCAACCCAGCAACGAAUCUCCAGUCUCGGGUGGGCGGUGGCGCACCUCCCACAGGGGGCUUCGGGAGUCCAUUGUCUAGAGGUCAAUCGGUCUCAUCUUAUAGGCCUCUCACUCGACCGAGCGUUGAUUCCAGGAACGCAACAAACGGGGGGGCAGGCAAUCGAGCAGGAAGCGCUCCUCCACAAAAUGUGAACGGGAAGCGCCCACCCCUAAGCGACGUGACUAAUGCCGACGGGGUAUCAGGUCCAGGCUCGAACAAUCCGCAGGCUCCGGCUAGCUCGAACGAAAUCAAACGACCCCGAAUGGCCGAGAGUGUGCCUGGUCAGCCACAGCAGAAGCUGCCUCGGCCCCCUCAGUAA